AUGAAAGUAUUUUACGUCGUUAUCCUUUCGAUUGCAUGGCUUGCGGUUUUGUCCAAUGCCAGUUUUAUCAAUCAAACAAAUCAUGCAUUGAAGUCCAUUGAGAAGUUUUACACAUCCUGCAAAGCGGCCAAUCCCAAGGAAAAUGGCAUCAUUACAAUCCAAGUGAAUGACCUUUGGAUGGAGGUCUAUUGUGAUGUCCAAGUGGCAGGAAACGGCUGGCUAGUAAUCCAGAGGCGAGUGAAUGCCAAAGAGAAUUUCUUUCGCGAUUGGUCCACAUAUCGUGAAGGCUUUGGCGAUCUAGAAAGCAAUUUUUUCAUCGGUCUGGAGAAACUCCAUCUCCUGACCGUGGUCGAACCACAGGAAUUGUAUGUCUAUUUGGAAGACUUCGAUGGCGAGUCACGUUAUGCCAGAUACGAUAGAUUUCUCGUUGGCAACGAAGACGAUUUAUUUGCCCUCACAAUGUUAGGCUCUUACCAAGGCAAUGCUGGCGAUUCACUUCGCUUUCAUGAAAAUAUGAAAUUCAGCACUUACGAUCGGGAUAAUGAUCUAAAUACAGGCAUGAAUUGUGCAGCCCAUUUUUUAGGUGGAUGGUGGUUCAAUCACUGUCUCCUCAGCAAUCUAAAUGGCGUCUAUUUAAAUGGCUCAUAUUCUGAUGUUAAGGAACUGCAUGCCAAAGGGACUGGUCAGGGUCUGGGCACUGGCUUUGACACUGUCCAUGGUGUUGGAUCUAGAACUGAGGAAUCGGGGGCGAUGACUCAAUUGGCUUACAAUGGACAGCUUUCAAGUGAAGGAAGCCAAAAGCUUCUUACUGUCUCCGAGACAGAGGCCGAGACCGAGACUGAGACCCAGACGGAUGGACGACGCCAAUGA